AUGGCAAAAGGAGAGAAACCUAAUAAAAAAACACCAGUUAUCAUAGCCAUGAAAGGUCAUCCAGGCACAGGCAAGACCACCUUAGCUCACGCGUUAGCUUCAACUCUUAAUUUUCCUCUCAUUGAUAAAGACGACGUCCGUGACUGCACUCUCUCGCUUCAACAAACCCUUCUCCAAACCUUUCCCGCCACCGCUGCCUCUUUUCUUAACCAGCUUUCUUACGACGUCGUUUGGCAACUUGCUUCGAAGCAGGUCAAUCUUGGCCUCAGUGUCAUCAUCGACUCUCCCCUCUCGGGUAGGGCCCAUCUGGACCGCCUCCUCCAAUUGGCAACAACGGCUAAAGCCUGCUUGGUAAUUGUUGAAUGUAAGCCGUCGGAUGAGGCGGAGUGGCGCAGGAGACUGGAGAAACGUGGGGCCAAUGAUGAAUCCAGCUGGCAUAAGCCGAGGACGUGGGAGGAGCUUGAGAGGCUAGUGGAAGGAUAUGAGGGGUGUACGGAUUAUGAUACGGGUGAAGUGCCGAAGCUGGUGGUGGAUACUACGGCAGGGAUUGGAGUUGAAGAGGUUGUUUCUGACGUCAUCGAGUUUAUUUAUUCUUGUGUUUUAUCAUGUUCAGGAUUUUGA